GGGCGGGGCGCCGCGGGGACUGACGGGAUGUCCGUUCAAAUGGCGGGCGGGCGGCCGGCGGGCUCCGCUCUAGAGAUGGAGGGCGCGAUGCGGACGCUGCCCAGCAGUGGGGGGCUGUCUGGAACCGGGCAUCUGUCCCGGGGGCCGCUGUUCGGCCGCAACUACGGGCUGAGCCCCGGCAGCCGCCUGCUGCCGCCGUGCUUCCAGGCGGACGCGGACCCGCAGAAGAUGGCGUUCCUCCUCCGCAAGCAGUGGACCCUGUACAGCGUCAGCCCCCUGUACAAGUUCUCCAACGCCGAGCUGAAGGACUACGCCCGCAUGCUGAGUGUUUUCGUUGCCGCCGAGAAGCAGAAGGGGCUGGCGGUGGAUGUGGAUGGCGAGCUGGGUGUCAGGGUGGCCAUGUCCAGCCUGCCCGAGCUGAGGGGCAGCGAGCAGGACCCCGCCGCUGUGCUCGUGCAGCUUUCCUUGAGAACAUCAGCUUCCCCAAGAAACUCAGAAGAGAAGCUGAUAUGGUCGGGAUGGUUCUGCUGUGUGGCUGGAGAUGAUAUUUCAGAGAAUUUGCCAGCCAACUUCACUUGUUUACCUUUGUUCCUUGUUAACGGGGCGGAGAGUUACACAGCCAUUGUUGGAAGUUGGUUCCAGAAGACUUUUGACUGCUGUUUCCGUCGUUUAGCCAUCAGCCCUCUCAAUCUCACUUGGAUGGUAGCUAUGUGGACUGGAUGCAAAGUGGACAAAAACGCAGCUGCCAUCGAACUCCUUUUCUCUGUUCCUCAGCUGCCUCAGCCUCUGGAUAUUUCAUACGCCAUUCACCCCGAGGAUGCAAAAGCUCUGUGGGACACAGUCCAAAAAACUCCAGGAGAGAUCACUCAGGAAGAGGUGGAUGUCUUUAUGGAAUGCCUUUAUUCCCACUUCCACAGACACUUUAAGAUCCACUUGUCAGCUACAAAGCUGGUGAAAGUUUCUACGGGAAUUGCCUCAGCGCACUGUGAUGGGGUCAUAAAAUUUCUACAAAGCCAAUACCUGAUCGGAGUGCUGAUGCUACUGACAGAACUAGCAAUCUCUCAGAUACAGUGAGACUCAACUCAGCUCGUCUUUACACCCAGAGAGGCUUUUACCGAUGGAAGCUGAUGAGCCUACUGCAAAUUCAUUCUUGCAGCGCUUUUUCUUCUGAUCUGGAACUCGUGUGUGUAACUACUGCAUUUAAAUCUGUCGCCAUAAAGCAAUAUGCAGGAAAGACAUUUAACCCUACAGUAGCUUGUUAAACAUCUGUCUGUUAUAGUCACUCUACCUGUUUGUAUAUAUUUCUCUGCUGAGGACUAGGAGACAAAACUGCAAGUUCUUGGAUGUGACUUAUUGACGGGUUUAUCCAUUAUUGCUGGUGUUAGCAUUUUGGUUAUCACUUAACUGACAGCACCAGCUAUACAACUGUACUCUUGGGCUGUGAGUUAAAUGUCAGUCACUUCAUUUUUAGCUAAUUAAGGCUGGCUAGUAAUGGUCAUAAAACAUUCAUCUACUCUCUAGCUGAGCAAGGUGAAAAGUAUGACAGUUCCCAUGGUUCCAGCUCUGGUCCUCACAAGGUUAAUGUGUUAGAAAUUAAAAUCAGCAUUAACUAGAGAUUUAAUGUGCUUUGCCUGGUAGUUCAUUGCCUUGGCUGGAACGUUGGAGCUCUUGGUGCUAGAACUUUAUAUUUGAUCUCAUUCUAUAGCAGGCAACAGUUCAGACAUUGAUCUUUGAACUGUGUGAACCAAAAGGAAGUAGAAGUGCUAUGACUUGUAUUAGCCCAUAAACAUUUUUAGCUUUCUUCCCCCCAGUUGACUAGAGAAGAACAGCAUGUUUGACUCAAUGUAUGCUUGUAUUUUAGAUUUUUGUUAACCUGACUAAAAUGCUAAGCUUUGCUGCUCACGGUAUUAUCCAAUAUGUAAAGCCUCAUUUCCUGUGGAAUUCACUUGUAAUAACUUUACUUGUGCAGAGUUUUUGAAACCCAAUCGGUUAAAUACAUUGUGACCUACCUGUAA